CGUAACAAUACUCUCAAUCACUUUCCAAUGGCUUUUAAUCUGGACUUCGCAGACAAAGUGGUUUUGGUGACCGGUUCCAGCUCUGGCAUCGGUGAGUCCACAGCCAUAUUGUUUGCACGAUUGGGCGCUAAAGUGGUUGUUCACGGAAGGAGUGCUUCCAAAGUGGCCGAAGUGGCCCUUAAAUGCUCUCAAGUGUCGCCAAAACAUUACAAACCGUUGGAAGUGAUCGCAGACGUGGCCAUUGAGGCAGAAGUGGACAGAAUGAUGGAUCAAGUGAUCGCACACUUCAAUCAAUUGGAUGUUGUGGUGAAUAACGCCGGACUCGGAGGCGGAGAGAGUAACGCAUCCCUUAAAGAAUGGGACGAUUUUCUGAAUACAAACCUUCGCUCGUGUUAUCAAAUCUCUCUCAGAGCCUAUGAUUUACUCGUCAAAUUCAAAGGAGUUAUUAUUAAUAACUCUAGCAUUUGUUCGCUUAAACCCUUUAAUCAUUCAGUGUCCUAUUGUGUGGCAAAAGCUGGUCUGGAUAUGUUGACCAGAAGUUUGGCUGUUCUCUGGGGUCCUAAAGGGAUUCGUGUGAAUGCCGUGAAUCCGGGUCAGAUCCAAACACCCAUUUGGGAAAACGCGAGCGGAUUGUCACCAGAAGAGCGUGAAAUCAUGUGGAGAGCCGUCUGCGAGAAGACACCCGUCGGUCGACAGGGAUUUCCCGAAGACAUCGCUAAAGCGAUCGCAUUCUUGGCUUCGAGUGAUUCCGGGUUUACGACAGGAAUUAUGAUGAAAAUCGACGGCGGAUUCCUUGACUCUCCGCAACUCAUCUAUGAUUAAAAAUACUUUUGCAUUCAAUGUUUACUUCAAUAAAUCAGUUAUGAGAUAUUAAUAACAAAUUAUAAUAAAUGCAAUACUUUUAUGACUAUUUCAUAAAAAUAAAAUGCUGGAGAAUUUCUGAUUAUGUA